GCUGAAGCUUGAGUCAUGUCACUUCAUUCUGCCACGGUGGUGGCCCUCGUGCUGUGCCUGGGAUGGACAAUUAAUACUCAGCAAGAAUCUCUGCUGAGUCCUUCCAUUUCGGCUGAUCCAGGCCUUGAGAUUCCCCAAGGACAUUCUGCAAAGUUUGUGUGCACAAGCCCUGUAGAAUAUGAUACAUUCUGCCUGGAGAAGGGAAGCACAACAAUAAUGAAUAAGAAGAAUGAUUUGCCUUCUCAAAAACAGGCUAUAUUCCAUCUUGGCCCAGUAAAUGAAGACACUGCUGGAUCUUAUCAGUGUCUCUAUGAAAAAGAAUCUAAGUGGUCCCAACGCAGUAAGACUCUGGAGCUGAAAGUGACCAGUGAAGAUGUCACCCACACUUCUGACCCAGUCCCAGGAGUGACCUCAGGCCCUACCCUCCAGAGUUACAAGGUGUGGAAUGAUGUCCGCAUGGCCCUGGCUGGGGUAGUCUUGCUGGUCCUGGGGGCAAUCAUUGGAGAAGCUUGGUACAACCAAUAAAAGUAUAUGGAUAGCUCCAGAACCCCAGGAGGAUACAACCAAGGGGACUGAGUUUCAUCUUUGUGUCCAAGAAAACCAUAUUGGCCUACGAGCUCCAUGGAUUUAGACCCUGUUGUCAGAAAAUAGUCUCCAAUUCUGAUGACACAUGCUAUUCUUUAUUUAGAGUCAGAAAUUUGUCUUGAUGAUUUUAUUAAACACAUGAUUACACAGUCA